GGCACUAUUAGGGUUUCGCUGUCGCGAAACGCGAUCGCUAGCUGGGCAGGGUUUGGGAGCGGUCGUCGGAGAUGGAGGACGAAGAGUGGAAUGAGGAGGAGGAGGAGGAGGAGGGGAAUGCGGACUUGACGCUGGGAAUUCUGUCCAAGGCUCUGGGAGCUCUGUCCAAGGCGCACAGCCGGCGCGCGGCGGAGCUCUCCAGCUCUCCCUCGGAUCCGGCGGAAGAUGUGAGCAAAGUAGACGAGUCGAAAGAGAUAACCGAUCUAACUCCAGACAGGGAUGGCGCUCUAGAGAUUGUCAAGGAGAAGGGAGUGAAGAGGCGAGACGCCGGCGAAGAGGGGGACGAAGACGAUGAUCUAGAGAAGCAUGGGAAGUCUUCCAAGAGGAACAAGUGUGUGGAUUAUGGGAAGGGAGAAGUGGAGGAGAAGAGCAAUGCCGAGAAGAGAUCGAGGAAGAGAAGCAAGGCCAGAAAGCCCAAGGACGAUGAGCCAGCAGUUCUAGCAACUGAGACGAAAGAAGUAAAUCCUCCGCCAGAGAAUCUGGCAUUCCGGAAGAUCCUGCGUCAACCUCGUUACUUUGAUGAUCCGGAAGAUAUCGAGGCGUCGCGAGCGACUUGCUACAACUGUGGCGAUCCCGGGCACCUCGCUUUCGAGUGCACGGCUCCAAAGCCAUGCUACGUUUGUGGCGACUUUUCUCACGAUGGAAGGCACUGCAACCAGCAAUCGCAAUGCUUCAAGUGUGGAAAAACCGGCCACCAAGCGAGAGCGUGCCCCGAGAAAGGCAAGCGAGGACGAGGAGGAGCCAGGCAGGAAGAAGGCGUUUGCUUGCUGUGUGGCAACUCGGGCCAUGGAUAUGGCUCGUGCCGAGGAGAUUACGAAGCGUCCGACUUGGAGGCAAUCCAGUGCUACGUCUGUAAAAAAUUUGGCCACCUUUGUUGCCUGGACGGCCUGGGAGACGCCCCGAGGCUCGCGUCGUGCUACAACUGCGGUGAUACCGGUCACUCUGGCAUGGCCUGUACGAGGACGAGAGGUAACUCCUUCCCUCCGACGCCCAAGACGCAAUCAGCGAAGAGCCAAGCAGCGAAGAGCCAAGCCGCGAAGAACCACAGCACCCCAGGCGCGAAGAACCACGGCACUCCCACUCCGCAAGCGGCACUACCGCCGCCGCCGCCGCCGCGGCCCUCAAAGCAGUGCUUCAGCUGCGGUGAAGAAGGCCAUUUCUCGCGCGAGUGCCCGAAAGUAAACGACGGCGCCGCCACCCCGGCUCCCGCCGCCACCCCGGCUCCCGCCGCCACCCCUCGCCGGGGCGAGAAGUGCUACAACUGUGGUGGCGAAGGCCACUUUGCCCGCGAGUGUAGCAAUCCCCCCUCGACCCCGUCGUGCUACAAGUGUGGCGAGACCGGUCACGUUGCUCGACAGUGUAGUGCCCAGCCGCAGGCCAAGCGUAACCCGGAGCCGGAGACCAAGCUCCCUCGCUGGAUGGAGAUCCAAACUAGAGACGAUCGGCAGCAGCAGCAGCAACUUAAUGGCCUGUUGACGCCGCAGAAGAUGUAUCACAGAGUCGCCGAUCAGGACCAACGUAACAGCAAGAAGCAGAGGGCACUGGCGGAGUUUGCACAGGAGAAGUCGGCCAUUCGGCUGCCAAAGUGGUGCGCAGUAGAAAGCGCCGAACAGAGGUGAGCUGCCGUUUUUGUUGAUCUCUGCAAAUGCAGAUCCCCGAUUGAUUAAUUGCACACCUGCUAUGAUACAAAACCACCAAAAUUGCAGUUACCCCUGGUGGUAACUUCCCGCUUACAAA